UCUCCGAAGAGUUUGCAACUAGUUGAAGCGGAGAGCGAGCGCCGGACUCAGCGUUUGCGCGCACUCGCAGAAGGUCAUGCUGAGUCCCAGUACUUUGGAUUACCCCAUGGAUUUUACGAUGGACGUGCACCCCCGGGAAAUGCUGAAGAAGGACAGGCAGCUCAGCCUGAUCCAGGACGACAGGCACGACAGCGGCUUAGGCUCCAUGAAGGACGAUGAGUACGAAAAUCUCGUCCGGGAAUUGGAAGAUAUUCGAAUCCAGCCUAUGGAGGCCGACGCGGACCACUUAACCCAGACUUGGAAACAGCAAGGGACUGAAGAUGGAGACACAUUUCUCCAUCUGGCUAUUAUUCAUGAAGAAAAAUCCUUAAGUUUGGAAAUCAUUCACCAAGCGGGACGGGAUAAGGCUUUUUUGAAUUUCCAGAACAACCUCAAUCAGACUCCACUUCAUUUGGCGGCAAUCACUGAUCAGCCUGAAAUUGCAGAGUCUCUUCUGAAAGCAGGAUGUGAUGCAGAAAUCAGAGAUUUCCGAGGAAACACGCCACUCCACAUUGCUUGUGAACAAGGGUCCCUCAGAGGAGUUAAUGUUCUUAUACAGUAUUGCCAGAAGCUUCAGCUCCAUUCUCUCCUACAGUCAGCAAACUACAGCGGUCACACCUGUCUCCACCUGGCUUCUAUUCAAGGAUACCUGGCCAUUGUAGAACGUCUUCUGUCCUUGGGAGCAGAUGUCAAUGCUCAGGAGCCAUGCAAUGGUAGAACUGCCUUGCACUUGGCUGUAGAUUUGCAGAAUGAAGGACUGGUGUCCCUUUUGUUGAAGCACGGAGCAGAUGUGAACAAAGUAACCUACCAGGGCUAUUCUCCAUACCAGCUUACAUGGGGAAGAAAUAACUCCUCCAUACAGGAACAGUUGAGACAAUUUACCACACUGGAUUUGCAGAUGCUACCAGAAAGUGAAGAUGAAGAAAGCUGUGAAUCAGAAUUGGAAUAUACAGAAGAUGAACUUCUCUAUGAUGACUGCAUUAUUGGCGGACAGCACGUGUCUUGUUAGAAGAGGAGAAUUGAUGAAAGAUGACAAGUACAAGCAUGUGAACAGUUACAGAACUACUGCAAUCGCCGGCCGCGUAGAAAAGAACAUUGUGAAAACAGCAAGAUGCCAAAAGUGGCUGAGUUCAGAUACCCGUGUGUGAGAUUGGUAGUGUAACAGUAGAUAUCGACAAUGGUCUCAUUUACGUCAGAGAAGAAGAAUUGAGAACUGUAGAGUCUACCUACGUUUUCACUGUACGCUCUGCAACAGGACUGGCUAGAUCCAUCAUCUCUUGUGCCUUUUGGGAAGACAUUCCAUAUGUGUUUGCUUGACUGAUAACCUGUUCCAAGGACUGAGUAGGAGCUCUUUGUUAUGCAUAGAAGAAGAAGAAUUUUGGCAAUCCUCAGACUGAUUGCUUGUCCAUCUACUAGAAGGAUAGGGAUGUCAUAGAGGCUGUCUACUGGAAGCCCUAUGCUUUGUAAUAUGUAUAUCAUGUAUACUUUGUAAAUUUUGUGAAUAGUUUUCUUACUUGUGAGAUGUAU